AUGCACAGAACCAUCAGUGUCAAAUAUAGAAUUGUUCGAAGAGUAGACAUCGACAAAGCUCCACUUGCAACUUUUGAUACUGUUGACCUUGGAGACGAGGAUGUUCAGGCAGAACGUCAUCAGCUAGACAGUCAUCCGCCAGACAGCACAGAGAGGACAGUUAAAGCUGAAGACAGCCAGCGCACUUGUCAGAUUUCAGAAUACAAGCAUCCAGAGUUAUUUAUUUAUGAUGGUGGUCUGAAAUCUGAAAUCAUAGGGGCCAGUAGUUCGAAGAAGUCCCUGACCCAAGCUGGCGGGGAAGAAAGGGAGGGUGGAGAUGAACGAGCCAAGGACAGGGUAGGUUGUGUCGUGGAUGAGAAUGUUCAAGGGUCAUUCCUGGCUCACGGUACAGUUACUGAAGUGUCCUGGGCAGAGGCAAAGCAGUCAGAUAGAGGACAACCAGAAGAACUGCAGAAAACUGAACCAGUUUUUAGUGAUAGAGAGUGGAGCGGUGAAAAUGAUGCACAAGGCUGCCGAGUUAUACCGUCACUAGCUGGUCAUGGAACCAUUGGCCGGGUGCAUGUUCCUGUGAAGAAACAAGAUUCGGACUCGUCCUCAUCAAGCCCAGGCUCCUGUAACGGUGCUGCUUUCACAUUCCAGCCUUCCAAUUCAUCGGCAUCUCAACUUGAUAGGACAGGACCUGAUGGCCAGGUAGAAGACGCAGAUGCCAAAAAAGACGCUGUGGACAAUCUAGUGCCGGAAUACUUUGAUCCAAGUCAGAUCUUGUCACCUUCUAAACGUAAGGCAUAUGAAAGACGCAUUGAGAGGUUAAAGGUCACAACCUCACCAAUUGCUCGUCCUCGCAGCACAACACCAAUCAAUGUUGUGACCUUAGAUGAGUAUGCUGUUAUCAGUUCACCUGACACAACACCAGCAACAGCUUUCAUUGUGCAGGAUAAGUUAAAGAUCACCCUCCCAACAGACGAGUUUACCUGCAAACCAAAGACCCCUAAACUACCUAGUGCCAGGAAGCACAACAUUGAUGACACCUGCUUUGAGUUCACAGAAGAGUUCCUGUUCAGCCGCACAAAGGCCGCCUUGGUUGUGGCUGAUGAUGGCCAGCUGCCAGUUUCACCACGUCGAGUUCUGAUCCCACCCAAUCUGACACCGUCUACAUCUCCAAAACUUUCUGCCUCCCCAAAGCUGACUCCUGACUCAUUUUACGAAGAUCUAGCGCCAGAUGCUCCGUAUCUGAAGGAGAUUCAGGAAAUCGAAGCCACACGUAGAUUUUUUGGUACAACUGUUGAUGAAAGCGAAGAGGACAAUUGGGCAGAUUUUAGAGACAUUUACCAGACGGAUGAGACUGAGGACAACGACACCAGUACCAGUACAGUCUGUGAUACAAAUGAGGCUGAGGCUGGUGGAUCUGCACUGCUUGCUGAAGACUGGCCCACUCCGGCUGUAGCUGGAGACGGUCUGUUUGCUGAAACUUUUCCUCUGGAAUCUGCCAGUCUAUUUGCUGAAUCUGUUCCAUUCACAGCAAGCAGUGGUCAUCUGGAUGUCCUGAAGGAGUUUCUAGUCUAUCAGGAAGAAGGUGACUUCGAUGCUAGAGCACAAACUGUUUCCACUCAUUCAGACCAGCCUGAUGUUGGGUACGAGAACACUUCCAAAUAUUCUGAGUUUUUUCAUGAGAGCAUUGUAGACAGUGAUGCAGACUUUCCACAGCUGGGUUAUUCAGGGUUGUUGAACAGUACAUCAACUUCUGUCACCCCACUUGAAGGGGCACAUCUAGCCAUUGACUCUGAUAUUGAAUCAGAGGAGAUUAUUACCAUAGAGAUCAAUCACUCAGCAGAAAGCCAUGAAAAACAUAUAGGAAUUGAAAUCAGGUCGACAGGAAACAGCACUAGCGUGUCUCCCAUCUGCUCGGAUUGGUUGACUGGACACCGGAGUCCAAGUGCUGAUAACUUUAGAGCUGUUUCUCAAGAAGCACCUGGCUUUCAGCGAGAUCGUGGUGUCUUGUCUCUAGCACAUGAUGAUAAUGACAGUCCUGCGUUAAAUGGUAGAAACUAUCCUACUAAGCCUGAUGACAAUUGUACACUUGAGAAUCGUGAAGAUGUCCAGUGUAGUGAUACAUCUCUACUAGAAACUGAAAUCAGAUUAUUAGAUCUGCAGAAAACAGAACAUCAUGUGUCAUCUCCUAUCUUUGACCCAAUACCAGCACCAGACUUAAAUACCACACACACUGAUUUUCUUCCUUAUCAUCUGCCUCUUCAUCAGCAUUCACUACAACAGCAGCAACUACCACCUCUACUGGCAGAGGAGGUACCAGCUUCAGUGCCGCGUCCACCCAGCACAAACCCAUUUGACAUUGAUUAUGAACCACUCGGAUCGAACCCAUUUGCGGUUGGACUGCAGAAUCCAUGUACAAACCCAUUUUUAGUACACCCAUCCAUAUCCAGUGAUCUAAUUAACUUCUCUUUCACAUCGGACAAUUCUUCUGCAUAG